CAGGACAGGAGUCAGCAGGCAGGUUGUGCUGGGUUAGGCAGAAGUUUAUGCAUUACUGCGACAGUCAGAGGUCAGUGUUUGAACGCUUUUCACAGAUCUGUGUCGUUACAGUAAUUACAGUUCUCAGGCACACUAGACACUCUGCUUAGGGAAGCGAAUCGGACUAGAUUAAUCUCUAACAUUGUUAAAUGUGAGAAUCAUGAAAUUUACAAUCGGCGCAACUGAAAGUUAAGCUAAACUGCAAUUUAGACUUCCCAUGGCUCUCUCCCUUUCUCUGUAAUCUCUUUCUCUCUGCUCUAGUGAUAUUAGCUGGUGUGUUAGUCGAAUUUAAGAGAUUAGUUUGCGUUAAGGGCUUAGUGUAAGCUAAGAUGCAACACUUCCCCUUUCUUUCCAUCUGUCUCGCUCUGUCUCUCUGCAGGAAAACAGGUUCUUGAAAAUAGCCUUUAAAGAAUACAGAUCCUAAUGAAAUUGUUUUUCUAUGUUAUUCACAUAAUUAUGACUUCUACAAUAUGAGACAACAGAACAAGGAAUUGCUGAUUAGAAAAUGAGUGUAAGACAUUCAAAAGAGGAGAACUGAAGGGAUAUAGACUACUGUAUUGGAAAAGAAUUCCUGCCAUUAAAACGACAUGAAACUAGGAGCUCUUCUGCUGCUGCUUCUGGGGUCCUUGGAAGGGGUGUUCACUCAAGUGCCUAUAACUGUAUUUACUGAAAGAACAGCUGUGGAGGAAGGUCUAGGAAGCGGUCUUCUAGAGGUGGAACAGGAGGAUGAACUGGCGGACACUUACUGGUCUGGGACAGCCCCCCUUUGUUUGGGAGGCUGUAAAGGCAGACACAUGGAGCUGAAGAGAGACAACUGUGGAGAUUCAGACUGCUGCUGGGUGGGAUAUAAAUCCCUGUGUAGAGUGAAUUGUGGAAUGCCUGAUGUGGACUUUAACGGAAUGGUGUAUGGAAGUGAUUGGUGGGUGGGUUCUGUAGUCCGGUACGACUGCAGACCAGGGUUCGUGUUGGUGGGAGAUCCUGCCCGAGCCUGUCAGUCCAAUGGGAAAUGGACACCCAAACCAUCCUGUCUUAGAGUGUGUUAUCGUGGCCGGGUUGAGAUCAAUGAGAAGGACAUCGACGGGACAUGUUCAUCCACCUGUCCUGAUGCUAAAAGCUAUGCAGUCCCUCUGAACCACAAAUGCAGUCGUAUUGAGAACUGCAGAACUAAAGAAUCAGGCUGGAAGCGCUGGUUUACACGCUGCAACUACUGCGAUUGUGACUGCUUCACUCCCUGCGCUUUACAGGAUAGAAGACAGUGAAUCUGUAUUCAUUGUGCACUGGAAACAACAGAAUUAAUUUUAAUUUGAAUGUAAAGAGAGAGGCUUGACAUGUAACCUUAACAGAACUUGUCAAACGGAAUAUAAAAGCAUUUUAUACAUCUCUAGAGUCUAAAUAUCUACACAACUGGAGACUUUUAUUUUAAUCACUAACUACAAAAGCCCAGAUGUUCGGAAAUGUUGCUGUUUUCCCUAUUCUGUGUUUAGUUGUACAGAUAUGUAAUGCACAUUUGAUUGUAUGUAGUUAGUUAGUCACAACUGUGGAAAGAUCAGAGAAACAUUUCUGUUCCAGUAUUCCACUAUUGUAGAUGCAAUGAAAUUAUUAGUUUAUUCGUACACUUGAUGAUUGAUACAAGAUGUGGCAUUAAUAUAGUUGAUCCGAAUCAGAGUGAUCUCUUUUAUAACCACAAAAUAUAACUGAUAUAACAGGGAAAAAAAAGUCCUUUUAGUCCCAAGUGGUGAAGUUCAUAAUGAAGUUUUCAUUUUUCUUGGGUUGGUAGCAGCCAAUUCCUGUAAAAGAUUGUGGAAAUGUGUAUAUAGUGUUGUAAAUAAAUAAAAUGAAAG